AUGCAAGUUUCUCAUCACGGUGCCCAGCACGCAGAAGGGGCUGUGUCUGGAGCAGGUGAUACACGCUCACUACGGUGGGUCAGGAAUCCCCCUGGGGGUUUGGCCAGCGAGCGGGGUCGGGGGGCAGGAGGGGUGCGAGCCUCUGUCAGGGAGCUGACCGCUGCUUGCCUUCCAGGCCCGCUGCCCAAGCCCUCCCUCCAAGCCCUGCCCAGCUCCCUCGUGCCCCUGGGGACGCCGGUGACCGUCCGCUGCCAGGGGCCUCCAGGCGUGGACUUGUACCGCCUGGAGAAACUGAAAUCCAGCCAGUAUUUCGAUUAUGGGGUUCUCUCCUUCUCUGCCAUGGAGAAACGUUUCGCCGGGGUCUACCGCUGCUCGUACCAGAACGGGAGCCGCUGGUCUCUCCCCAGCAGCCAGCUGGAGCUGGUGGCCACUGGCGUUUUCACCAAGCCCUCACUCUCAGCCCAGCCCAGUGCAGCGGUGUCCCCAGGGAUGGACGUGACUCUGCGGUGUGAGAGCCAAUACGGUUUUGACCGAUUUGCUCUGUACAAGGAGGGAGACGCUGGGCCCUACAAGAGACCCGAGCAGUGGUACCUGGCCGACUUCCCCAUCACCACAGUGACUGCUGCCAACAGCGGGACUUAUCGAUGCUACAGCUUUUCCAGCAGUUCCCCGUACCUGUGGUCAGCCCCCAGCGACCCUCUGGAGCUCGUGGUUAAAGGUCAGCGGUGCAGACCAAAGCUUUCUCCCUCGGCCUUCACAGGCCCUGAUGGAAGUUCCAAGGGGAGGGACCUAAAAGCAUGGAGGAAGCAGGAGGGCAGGAGGGGACGGGGGCUUUGGAGGGUGACGCUUCUUUAUUUUUAUUUUCCAGGGGAGGAAACUGAGUUGCAGAGAGGCUUUUCUAUUUGCUCAGGAUCUAACCCUAACGGAGCACAGAACUCUCUUUGUAUCUUUCCUGAUUCCUCAGGGACCUCCGUGACCCCCGGCUGGCUGCCCACAGAGCUGCCGUCCUCUGCAACAGAAUCGUCAGAAGCCCCCGGGAGGCUGAGCCCCUCGCUCGUGAACCAAGGCUCCACGGCUGAAUCUUCUAGGAAUAUCACCGUACUUCCAGAGGCGUCAGACCCUCCAGCUGGUCCCGCCCUCCAGCGCUACACUGAGGGCAAUCUGGUCCGGAUCUGCCUCGGGGGUGUGGUUCUAAUAUUCCUGGUGGGGAUUCUGGCAGAAGAUUGGCACAGCCGAAGGAAACCCCUGAGGCGCCGGGUCAGAGCGGCCCACAGGCCCCUCCCACCCCUCCCACCCCUCCCACCCCGCCCGCAGACCUAGGAACUACACAGCGGUCAGGACAGGGGUCGACCGGAUGGUCAUAACCACGGAUAGCAUCAUUAGAAUCCCAAGGUUUGCUUGCAUCUAAGAGACAGGUCGUGGGAGUGGGGAGGGGACGUAGAGUGUGUGGAGCGUGAGGGCAGAAGAACAGAGGCUACAAGCUGUGGAAGUGGAGGCUCUUCUUGGCGCCCCAGCAGGAGUUGUUGAGCCUCUGUCUGACUCUCUGUCCUAGGACCCCCUGUUUGGGAUGGAAGGAAUCUAGUGGAUGCCAAAGGCUCCUCACUGACAUCUUGCUCAUUGUGAGCCGUGUGGCAUCCUAACUGGAUCAUCAUACUUACCUCUCUCUCCAACCUUCUCUACCAUGGGUUCCAGAUCAGCCUCUAAUAUUCCCAGCUCUCACAGCUGACCUGUUCUGUCCCCUGCACAAAACUCUCCCACAUCCCAUUUGCCCCCUGUUUUUUUCUUUUCCUGGUUAUCCCCAAACCUAACUUUCACUCAAGACCUAUCUUAAGCUGCAGUUGGAAAAAUGGCCUUUUGUUCCUUGAGAUGGACCUGGUUUCUUUCAAGCUUUUGGGUGUUCUAUUCAUUUCCUCUACAAUAGAAUAAUAAUUCUAACUAACGUCGCAAUGACUUAUCUUUAUGUUCGAAAAAAGUCCAAAGUCCUAAGCUUGUCCUAAAGGCCAGAAUAGGUAAAGCCAUAGAGACAGAAAAAAAACUGGUGGUUGGCAGGGUUUGAGGGGAGGAAGGAAUAGGGAGUAAUGACUUAAUUAGUAUAGUUUUUUAAAAAAAAUUGUAGUGAUGAAAAUGUUUUGAAACUAGAUAAAGGUGGUGGUUUCACAACAAGGUAACUGUACUAAAUGCCACUGAACUAUUCACUUUAAAAUAGUUACAGCGAGGGGAGGGUAUAGCUCACAUAGCAGAGUGCAUGCUUAGCACGCACAAGGU